AUGGAUAAUAUCAACAGUCCUUUUUUUCUUCAUAGUGGUGAUCAUCCUGGCCUGGCCCUUGUUUCCCAUAUUCUCACUGGGCCUAACUAUAAUACUUGGAGUCGUGCCAUGCUUAUGGCUCUUAAUGCCAAAAAUAAGCUUAGUUUUGUUGAUGAUACUCUUUUGCAACCACAUUCAGGGGAUCCCUCUUCUGGUGUUUGGUCUAGAUGUAAUAGUAUGAUCACAUCUUGGCUCCUCAAUGCCGUCUCUAAAGAAAUAGAUGAUAUCCUUCUGUACCUUGACAGUGCUCAAGUUGUUUGGUCUGAUCUGCACGAUCGGUUUCAUCAGAGCAACGCCCCACUCAUCUUCCCAAUUAAGCAACAAUUACAUGGCCUUCCUCAAGGAACCCUUGAUGUCAACACUUACUAUACUCGGUUGAAGAUUCUUUGGGAUGAGCUCAAACAUUUCCUGCCCGUUCCUGUUUGUCAAUGUGGAGGUAUGAACGCAUGGAUGGAUUAUCAAGAACAAGAGUAUGUGAUGCAGUUUUUGAUGGGUCUCAACGAAUUCUAUGCUAGAAUGCGUGGUCAGAUUUUGAUGCUCGAUCAUUUGCCCUUUGUUUCGAAGAUGUUCAAUCUUGUCAUUCAAGAAGAACGACAACGCUCCAUUAGCCCUAGUUCUCUGGCUCUUGCUAAUUAUUUGGCCUUUAAUGUUUCAUCCUCUCCCCCUAUUCUUCCCACUCUGGCCAUCGUUGCCGCCACUUCUUUUUCUCCGAGCAAGACGAAGUGUGAUCGCCCCAUCUGUUCCCAUUGUGGGGUUACAGGCCGCACG